AGAGAUUUUGCGGAGGAGUUUCAUAAGAAAAUAUACAACUUUUUGUGUGGAAAUUUGCGAAAAUUGUCAAUUUCACGAUUUAUUUAUUAGACACGUAUAGAUUGUGCAUAAGUUCAAAGGUCAAAAAUGGAACAAGUCGACUGCACCUCAGAGCAAUCGGACGCUCCAGCAAACAAUGCCGAGCCGAUGGAUCAAGAACCUCUGCCUGAAGUUGUAGAUUUGACGGAAGAUGUCGAUGUCGAAAAAGAUAAAGAACCAGAAGUUCCUGCGAAAAAGCGCAAACCAGUACGCAAAGCGAAGGUCAAGCGCUUGACGGGAAUGAGAAUCGAACGCUUCCGGUUCCUCCUAAAGCAGGGCUACCCCUUCGAGACGGCCUUUUACGGUGCAUGCAGACGGCCCCACUUUGAGCUUGUUGCCUCGAGUGUGGCCUUGGGCGCAAUCGCGCGCCGUUCCGAGCAAGAUCCGUGGAUGUACGAAAUGCUUUAUCACGAUGAAAAGCGCAAUGAAAAGCACAGUUACAGCGGCCACUUCCGGCAGUCUUUUCACACGCUCAUCGAACAGGGUGAGUCCGUCGAGGAUGCGCUCGCGUUGGCGAGACGCGAGACGGACACCCGGACGGUGCUCGAAACUCCGAACGGGCUGUGCGAUCCGAAGACAUUUGAGGGGAAGAUACGGAUAAUUAUCGGAAGUACGCGUCACCCGGAGGAGGGAAUCACGACGGAGGAGUUCCGACAAAUUAUAGCGGAAAUGAGGACCAAUUUAGCUAAAAUUAAAGACAUUCGAUAUAUUCCGCACCUGGUUGAAUGCACGCUAGUUCCCGGAACCGGGUACAUUUUGGUCAUUUGUGGCGAUGCCAUCACCGUCCGCUGGGUUCGAUUGACCCUCAAAUGGAUGACACUUUGGCCGGGGGCGUCACUUUUCAUGGUGCGUGAAGAGAAAUUCCUCGCAUCCUGCAUCAUGACCCUUUCCAUCCCGGAUGGCAUCGCGAGGAAACUCGGCGACAUCAUGAAACAGCUGAAGGUUCAAAACCGUAAAGUGAAAAUAGACAAAUGGUCGGUUCUGACGGCCGAGCAGCUGGACAAACAGAGACUGAACAAACUCACAAUCAUGCUGCCCCUGAAGGACCUUAAUAAGCUCAAAACAUUAAACUCACCGCUUCACUACAUCAACCACAAACUCAGGCUCGUCGCGCCGGAAGACCGGACAAGCAUCGGAAAGCGUGCCCUCUUCCGGGGAUUUUUCCGCGUCAAAGACAUGGAAACAAAGGAUCUGUUCAAGGAGAUUGAGAGUGCAAACGAGGGCGUCGCCGUGACGGACGAGUGGAAACAGCUUCACCGGAGGACUGGCCGGAUCAUGUUCUUCGUGGACGCCGCUUCGGCCCGAGCGAUCCGGGCGGCAGGCGACGAGAUAAACUUUCAGUCUACCACGGUGAAACUAGUGUACCAUUCAAGAGUUUCGGAGAUUUAAUAAAGAUUUUUUCAAUAUGCUAAAUGUGAAUUUGCAUUGGAUUCAGAGCAAAAGAAAGCCUUGUCGAUUUUCUACACUACAUUACAUAUAAAACAACACAAUGGUUGGGCUUUUGUGUAAAACAAGCUAAACCCGACAAACUUCGUCUUGUUUUUUUCGUUUCUUGACGUUUUUAGCUUGUUUGCUUAUUCAGCCUCCUGUGAUCAAAAUGUGAUUCUACGUAACAUUUCCCAUACAAUCUGCAGAUUUUCCGGAAUCGGUUACAGAAUGGCCAAAGUUGUCACUUUUUGGCGUAAGAACCUUCCUUGGACUUGUACGAACCUAACGCAACAAAAAGCACUUCUAUCCGACGCUCCGUAUUGAACUGUGAAAACAAAACUGUUGAAAUUUUUAAUAUUUAUGUAAAAUAUUUGAGAAUUUUGCUUGUAAAUCAUCAUUUUCCGUGAAACGUGUGUAACUUUUUUUUCGUUCAAUCUGUGCUCUCCUGUUUAGCGUGUUAGUUGUCAAACUUUGUUUUGUGCACUGAUAAAGUUGGUGAUAUUUUUGCAUGGUGUUUUAUAAGUAACCAAAACGCAUCUUAAGGUCAAUCUUCUCAUUCAAAGUAAAGAAAAUCUCAACGAUGUCUACCCUGAAAGGAGCCGCUAUCGACCGCUUCCUCUAUCUGCUGAACAGACGCAUUCCCUUCCCGGUAGCGCUCCGAGAGGCACGCAAUCCAGAGUCAACGCUACUUUUCCCAGAGGAUGACCUGCUGGAAUAUCUACACUCACAUCCCGAUCCGUGGGUGUACAACACCGUUAAGGCCAACAGCACCGUGUUUGCCGCUGAUUUCCGGAAGGCGUUUAGCUACUAUUUGGGUUGGGGUAAAACCAUCGAAUGGGCGGCUGAUGCUGCACUGCGUCGAGCAGACUCGAUGGCAGCGACACGGUACUCCCAACCGCCGAUUCGACGUCCGCAAGCGACGAAAUUGGGCAAAAUUCGAUUGGCAUUUGCCAACACAAACGGAGCGCCCGUCACCCUUGAAGAGUUCUCUGCAGUGGCGGCAUCAAUCAGGAAGAAAAUUGAGCGCAACAAAGAUAUAUACAACGAGGAGCUGGACAUUGUUCCGCACAUCGUGGAUAUGAACCAUAUGAAUAUGUUAGGCUACAUACGAAUCAAGUGUGUCGAUAAAGCAACUGUUCAGUGGUUGGCUAAUUUGCUGUCUUUGGCUCCAGUGUCGAAAAGUGAAUCAGUUCUUCUGAUGCUCGAGUGGAAAUUUCACCGUUCAUGCAUUUAUUCGGCCAACCUCGAAAACAGUGUUGAUGACGACGCCGUUACAAUUAUUGAGAAUCUUAAAAAACAUAAUCCUGACGUGAAAAUGUUCAACUGGACGAUUAUUUCUCGACAUUUGCUGGAAGAUCAGAAAACCGUAUAUAUUCAUGCUCUAAUUCCUAGGUAUAAUGUGAAAAUUCUCCAGCUUAAAAAUAACGAGCUAAAGUACAAGCAAAGCAAGGUUAAAUUUACGAUGCGUACGGUAGAUGAAAGUAUCAGAAAACCGGAGAAAGUUGGUCUUCAAGGCGUUUUUCCUGAAUAUGAAGGCAAUUUUCUAGAGAUCAUCGAGAGCGAAAACGACAUUGACACCUUCAAGUGGAAAGUAGCUAAGCACGGUCAACUCACGGAGAACGGCGUAACUUACGUUUGGCUAAGAUUCAAAGUCGAUGGACUCUCGGGGGAUGUGAUCAAGCAUUCCAACAAUGAGAUAAGCUUCAUGUCGCAAAAAAUUACCCUUUAUAAAAAACUGAAUAAAACGUGGAUUGCAAAAUUCAAAAAUGAGAUUAAACAAUAAUUUUGUAAAAUACUCUGUCAUAAAGCUAUAGUAAAAUAAAAUGAAUUGAAUUAAAUUGCAUCUUCAACUUUAA